UUUACCAGUAUGCCCCAGUUUGUGUAUCUCAAGAUUUCCAUGGAAAACCUCAUACAUGCGUUUGAGCAAAAGUUUACCACAUGUGGCUUCAUCGGUGGUAGAAAGUGCUAAACCCUGCGAAAAUUUUGGAAAAAUUUAGGAGUUGGUCAAUGAGACAAGAAUUAGUAUUGGAGUCAAUGCGGAAAUUAACGGUGUACUCCGUGUACUGUGUACAUUUAUCGAGCAGUGCCGAUUGAUAAGCUGUGUCGCCUAUUUCUUUUACUUUCGUUAUCCAGUAAAAUUCAUAUGAAAAUGGAUAACCCGUUUCUUCAUUAUGGACGAAUGCUUAUUGUUCAGAGAGCUAAGGAAUCCAUGGAUGUAGAAAUAUGUGAUGCUGUUAGAAAACUCAGUCUUGGUUGUUUUGAUCGUGAAAGUGGGAAGAUGUUCCAGGAAAGAUUAACUGCUAAUUUGGAUGAAGUGAACGUUAUAGAUUCUGGAAUGGGAAAGACAUUCCUAAUUCAACGAAUGGCUUUUUUCGCCUUCCAGAACCAUCCAGACAAUAUAUCAUCAUUAUUUGGUGUCAUACGUUAUAUAUUCCGAGCUAUCAGCGUGGUUGAUACCAUUUGUGAAUAUGCUGAUGUAAAGGAUGGAGAACCAGAUAUAAGUAUAAACGCUGGUUACUUGAUUGAGUUCGACAAAACAAUUGAUAAAUUGGUGGAGAAACUAACUGUUAAGAAACUAAAGAAACGUAUGGACAUUUUGCAAGAGUUUUAUGAUAUAGCUAAAUCGGCAUAUAUAGAUUGCAACCCAGCUUCAUCGCACUUUAUUACCAUGAGAAUUUUACAUUUGAUGUAUCGUGUGUGCAAGAAUUCAGUGAUAUAUAUUGAGUUUCCACCAGUUGCUAUAAAUAUGAUUAUCCUAGAUUGUCAAACAGUUCCUAUCAUGAAAUAUCCAGAUUUUGUACUCUUAAGAUUUAAAGAUAUUCCACCAUUAAUUACCCUGGACCAAUCUCAAAAUGCUCAAAAAUUGAAACUACAAGCCGAGGCUUAUGAAAUGAAAAAUAUUUAUAGUCUGGCUAUCCAGAGAGGGAAAGAAGCUCGAGAUUUAAUGGUGACUGAUGAAGAUAAAGAAGACAUGACAAAAUUUGUAAUAAGAAUGGAAGAGAAACGAAGGAUAACAGAGAAGAAUAGACCGUCAGUUAAACAACAACCAGAAACAAUUACGACAGAAAAGGAAAAUGAAGACAUAGCUCAUGAUGUAGUCACAAUGCUUUUAUUAUGCCCUUAACAUUUGAAUGUGGUUGUUUAUUGGCCCAAUACAAAUCAAUUUAUUAUUGGAUCUCUUUUGUAUUACUUUAAAUUGUUCUAUAGUUUUAAUUAUCUAAAAUUAUAAUUUUCUGGGUCUCUUCGUGUAUGCAAUUAGAGGUUUUAUAGCAUUAUUACCACAUUGAUCGAUAUUGGGGAUUUUAUGACGAAAAAUCGUUAAAUGCCGUAUCGAAAUAGACAAAAUGGCCCCAUAUUCCAGUAGCAGUGUGCCCCUUAAAGAACAAACUGUUUUACGCAUAAAGUUGUGCCAUUAUUAUUGUUAUCAGUGAGUUAGUAGCUGAUAAAACUGAUUGUUAUAUUCAGGUCCACAUAUGCGCCAUAUGACACUGCAUUUUUUCAAAAUCUUCUCGACGCUAUUCACAAUUUUCUCAGAUUUAGUUAAAUGGUUUCCAUUUCUGUACUGUUUCUAUAUUUUUUUAGACAGAUGCGGUACUUGAUGAUCACCUUGAGCCUCUUAUACAAGCCGUCGAAUUACAACUUAUCAACGGACAAUUUAAUCGUUCUGCAGGAAAACAGUUCCAUGAUAAUAUGCUCAAAUAUCUAGCUUCCAGAGCAUCAUCAGAAUACCAAAAUAGUCUCCCCUUCUCUACUGACGUACAGGUUUUGGUUCGAAUAUUAUGUGGAUUAACUGUUAUCAUGAAGAAACUGUCUGAAUCCGGUCACAUUUGGUUUGGACUCAUCAAAUACCUUUGUCAUGUCAUGGCUUUAUUUGAGUCCUGUUGUAAAAGAGAUCAAUCUGUUUCGGAGAGGCCUUCUAUUCUGCUGCAAGCUGAAUUGGAUAUUUUAUUCCUUAAAUGUUACCAAAAGACAAUUGCCUCAGAAAAAAUGUCAAGCAAGGAAAUAAUACAAUUUCUAGAGGAAACAAUGACGAUUGCGGAAAUGGCUUUAAAGAAUGGAAAGAAUGAUGCGUGUAUAUAUAUAACAGAUAUCAUGGUUAAAAUACAUAUACAUUUAUUGUCGGGAGAAGAGGAAGCAAUGGCUCUAUUACCAGAUUUAUUUAUUCUACACAUUAGCAGUGUAGAUGUUAAGGUAUUUCCGGACUACGUCAUAGGUGCCAGUCAAUCAACGUUGGCAUUGUCCAGUUGUACCAGAAAACAGCGUGGAAAAGCACUUGAACUUGAAGCCAUGGCUCUAAAAGAGAAACGUAGAUGUCAAGAGGCCUUAGAAAAGGCUAAACUAGCACAGGCUACAUUUGAGAAUACAACGGACAAAGAAAGAAUGUCGAUGUUCAUUGAAAACAUCGACAAAAUCUAAUGAAGAAACCAAACAAAUGCUACUGGAUGGCUAGACGAUACUGCAUCAGAUAAUAACCAAUUAGACAUCAAAGGUUGUGUGUGCCACGUAGCAGAAAAACUACAAUAAUUCAUAUAUCUUGUUAAAAUUGGUAUGGGUUGUCUGUAUCGUUGUCUGUAACAUUUUUCAAUAAUGAUCUCAGAUCAUUAUAGGCUUCAAUGAUUAACUGGAAUAUACUAUCGAAAGGUACAGCCCUAUUCUAUUAAAUUUCAACUUUUAUUGAAUUAUAACGUCCAGAGCUCUAGGUUCUCAUAAAAGCAUCAAUGAACAUUCGGAAUUGGUUAUAAUAAAUGGCUUAAUAUAGAAAUUGAUAUUAUGAAUAAAUGAUUAUGAAUAUUUAACGAUAGAUGAAUGCAAUAUAGAGAACUUUGGGGAUACCAUUUGUGUCUAUAUGUCUAGGUAUUAUUUAUAUAAUUGUGUCUAUAUGUUUAGUUAUUAUUUAUAUAUUAAACACAGUAAAUUUGUGUCUAUAUGUUUAGUUAUUAUUUAUAUAUUCAACACAGUGAAUACUUAGACUGACACAAUAUAUAGAAUUAUUAAUAAUAAUUAUAUUUUGCUUUUGUUAUUGUGCUAGUGAGUGAAACGACCCUGGUGUUUCUAUUAAGGCGGGAGGCUAUCUGAAAAUUUUUAUUCUGAAAUGUUAAAGCUAUUGAAUUGAAAAUAAUACA